CUGCACUACGGGACCCUCCUGGGCAGCAGAGCUUGUGCCCACAUGGCAGCAGCUGCCUGGGCCAGUGCCUUUCUCUAUUCACUGCUGCACACAGCCAAUACAUUUUCCCUGCCCCUGUGCCGUGGCAAUGCCCUGGGCCAGUUCUUCUGUGAAAUCCCACAGAUCCUGAAGCUUUCCUGCUACAAAUCCUACCUCAGGGAACUUGGGCUUCUUGUGCUAAGUGCUCUUCUAUUCUUUGCUUGUUUUGUUUUCAUUGUUUUCUCCUAUGUGCAGAUCUUCAGGGCUGUGCUGAGGAUCCCCUCUGAGCAGGGACGGCACAAAGCCUUUUCCACCUGCCUCCCUCACCUGGCCGUGGUCUCCCUGUUUCUCAGCACUGGGUUUUUUGCCUACCUGAAGCCCCCCUCCAUCUCCUCCCCAUCUCUGGAUCUAGCCCUGUCACUUCUGUACUCAGUGGUGCCUCCGGGGCAGUGCCUGUGA